AUGUCGGCGCAAAUGCGGAACCCAAAGAACAUUGGUGGCCCUCGGUUAGAGCUGUCAUUAUGUGACCUUUCAAAUCACACCAUUCCCGUCUGCAUGAUGCUGGUUGUUUUUGCUGAUUUGGAGCAAUAUUUUGCUAUUUUGUCGACAAUAUCGAGAUUUACUGCCACUGGUGGUUUGACCUGCUGUGCUAAAGCUCGGCCAUUGAUUCAACCAAUAAACCCAGUAGCUUUUUCUAGUGGGAAGGCUGUUGCGAAAAGUUGUGGUUUGAGUAUAAGUUACCUUCAAAGCUUACUCUUUAUUUUAAAAAAUAACAACAGGUGGGAUGUAUUUGCUCCUGGGAUGCCUCGGUGCCUGGAGGUGGAAAGCCUGGAAGAGAUGGACACCAACUCAAAGUUCAACUUCACCAAAAUCAGCGGCUUCCUGCUGAAGUCCAAGCUCACCACGCUGGAAUUGAAACUAAAGGGAUUCAUGAACCGCACAGAGUCUUGGAAAAAGUUGUCAGACAUGAGGAACAUCUUCUGGUUCAACAAGACGCCCGUUUCAGAAUAUGUUGCUGAACACUGGGAGGAAGAUACUUUCUUUGGCUACCAGUAUCUGAAUGGUGUCAACCCCGUGGUCAUUGAGAAAUGCAAGGAGAUCCCAUCCAAUUUUCCGGUCACCCAGGAGAUGGUCGCUGGGUCCCUUGCAGAGUCUACAACGCUCCAGGAAGAAGUGCAGAAGGGGAACAUCUUCAUUGUGGAUUAUGAGAUCCUGCAAGGCAUCCCAACCAACACGAUUGAAGGCGAGCGGCAGUAUUUGGCGGUUCCUCUCUGUCUCUUCUACCAGACGCCAACCAGGGACCUCAUCCCCAUUGCCAUCCAGCUCAGCCAAACCCCGGGUCCUGAGAGCCCCAUUUUCCUCCCCAGCGACUCCAAAUGGGACUGGAUCUUGGCAAAGAUGUGGGUGCGGAACGCGGACUUCCACGUCCACCAGAACAUCUCUCACCUCCUGCGGACACACCUGAUGGCUGAGAUCUUUUCGAUGGCUGCCCUCCGGCAACUGCCCAUGUGCCACCCGCUCUUCAAGCUGCUAAUUCCUCACUUGCGAUAUACUCUCCAGAUCAACACUUUGGCCAGAGUCAGGCUGAUCAAGGAAGGAGGCAUGAUGGAUAGGGCCACGUCGGCCGGCUUCGAAGGGAUCGUGCCUUUGGUGGCCAAAGGGGCUUCCAGGCUGACCUACUCUUCUCUCUGCCUCCCGGAAGACAUCGAAGCCCGCGGAGUCUCCGCAGUGGCCAACUAUUACUACCGGGACGACGCCACGAAGAUUUGGGCCUCCAUUGAAAUCUUUGUGAGGGACAUGGUCAGGUACUACUACUGGAGUGAUGACCGCGUCCAGAACGACCCAGAGCUCCAAGCCUGGAUCCAGGAGGUCUUCAGGGAAGGCUUCCAAAGCAGGGAGAACUCAGGCGCCCCUUCUUCUCUGCAGACGAUGGAAGAGCUCUCCAAAUUCCUGACGAUGGUGAUUUUCACCUGCUCAGCUCAACAUGCCGCAGUCAACAGCGGUCAGUUUGACUUUGGCUCCUGGAUCCCCAACGUCCCGCCCACCAUGCGGAAACCCCCGCCCACCAAGAAGGGGACCGCAACUUUGGAGAACAUUCUUAAUAUCCUUCCUCCGGUCAACAUCACCUGCCUUGCCUUGACUUCUCUGUGGCUUCUAAGCAACGAGGUGGGAGACCGGAGACUAUUGGGAAACUUUCCAGAUGAACAUUUCUCCGAGUCCGAGCCAAAGCGCCUCAUAAGAGUCUUUCAAAGCCGCCUGGCCGAAAUUUCUCACGGAAUUGACGAGAGGAACAAGUCACUGGCGCUCCCGUAUGAAUACAUCAACCCCCCUCGGGUCGAGAACAGCAUCCAGAUCUAAAACCUCAGAGGAUGAUGUCUGGAUUUUGUCAUUGCUCGGGCAUCAUCCAUCUCCAUGAAACUCGGUUAUGUGACAUGCAGAUCCGCCGCAUUUCUCAAAAACUCUUCUCCUGGGAAGUGGUGAGAUUUUGCACAACUAGGCUUGGCUUUCUGGAGAGCAGGAACAGAGAUGUCGGCGCAAAUGCGGAACCCAAAGAACAUUGGUGGCCCUCGGGUUUGUCUUGUGGGCCCUCAGUCUAGUUUCAAAGGUCUCUGGCAAGCAGACAUU